AUGAAACAAAUCUGAAAACUAACUUUCCUUUAGAUCUAAUCUUUGAAGCUGUAUCCAGUGUGUUUCCAGAUAAAGGUACUGCUGAAGAGCUGAAAGAAAAAUAUAAGGAGUUAACAGAAUGCACAGACCCAAACAGUCUACCUCCAGAGUGUACACCAAACGUUGAUGGACCUGAUGCACAUCUGUCCAACGAGAACAAAGUUUACACUCAUUUCAUACACUAUUUUGUCGUAGAUGCUUUAAAUAUGAUUGCUUUUUGCAUUCUUAUCACCCAACACCAAAUCAGAUCAAGAGAAAGGCUCCACCGGGUGAGUUGAAAUCUGAAGGUGAGCCGUGUAGUCCUGACUGCUAUCUUCACCUUGUACAUAAGCAAGAUCAGGAUGAUUGCAGUACUACUAGUUCUAUUCACAGCGAGAGAGGGAAGAACUCUCCAGCACGAGGUAGCAAACGUAGGGGUAGACCUUGCACACAAACAGUACAUACUAAAAUAGAGAAAACUGAAAUAGAUGGUGACUUGGUGCUACCUGAAAGGUGUAAUAGCGCUGACCAGAAAUGCCAAGGUUUGCUUUUUUCUGUAAUUCUCAGCAUGAGGGGUGAAAGCAGCUCUGUAAAAUGUCUUG